GUAGCAGAGCCUUUUCAGCUGUAGAGUUUGCUCCAAAAAAAAUGAGACUUUCGGCCUCUCUGUUCCUUGUUGCCGUCUCGGUGGUGGUGUCCGGGAGCGUGAUCAUUAAGACCUUGGUGUUCUCUACGGACACAAGUAACAGUUAUGUGGAGAUGGUCCCUCUGAAGCCCCUGAACCUGCGGGCUUUCACACUGUGCAUGCGUGUGGCCACAGAGCUCAGCGGUGAGCGCGAGGUCAUCCUUUUUGCAUACAGGACUGGAGACUAUGAUGAGCUGAAUGUGUGGCGUGAGCUGGACGGCAGAUUGUCCUUCUACCUCAGUGGAGAAGGUGUUUUGUUCCAAGUCCCUCAGCUCGGUGCUCUGCAGACCCACCUGUGUGCCACAUGGGACUCCAGUUCAGGUGCGGCUACUCUCUUCAUGGACGGAAGGAAAAGCUUGACCAAAAUUUACAAGAAGGGUCACACGAUCCGCCCCGGAGGCAAGGUUAUCAUCGGACAAGAUCCUGAUAAUUAUCUGGGGGAUUUUGAUAUCAAACAGAGUUUUGUUGGGGAGAUCUCUGAUGUAAACAUGUGGGACUCUGUCCUCUCAGAGAGCACGAUCAAAGACAUGUACUCUGGGAAGAGAGUGCCAAGAGGAAAUGUUUUUGACUGGGAAACCACGCUGCUUAAAGUUAACGGGCAAGUGGACAUUGUUCAUAGUGAGCUAUAGCUCGGCGGAGAAAGCUUUGCAGAUCUGGGCACUCAUGUAAUAAAGAUGUUAACUAAUUUUUUUGACUUUCAUUAAGGUCACACUGUAGUUCUUCUCAGUCCAAUAAAAAUGUAUGCUGAUA